CUUAAUAAACUGAAAGAUUUCACUUGAAAUCACCAGUCAAAGGAUCUUACUGCUGCUCUGUUUUUGAUGUGGGCUUGUUGGGUGAUGAGAUUCAUGGCAGCCCUGUCUACAAAGAUGUUGACAGACAACAUGUUACUGAGUGUCUUCUUUCUUACAGGUGCUUUGGCUGCUUGUCCUGAUGAUUCAGGCCUUUUCAUUACUGCACCGCUGGAGAUGGAAGCACUGAGUGGAUCUUGUUUGCAAAUCCCGUGUAACUUUGGUGCUGGACCAGGAAAAACAUUUGAUGGCAGCAGAACAACCUUUGGAGUGUGGAUUAAAAAGGACGUUAGAUUUGCACUCUAUCCAGAGAAUGUGAUUUUCAACAGUAGUCAGACAGUUAACACCUAUCCAAUGAACAUUACUGGAAACCUGAGUCAGAAAAACUGCACAACUUUGUUUUCCAGUUUAAUCACAACGUAUACAGACAGAUACUACUUCAGAAUUGAGAACAGACAAUUCAUAUCAACAGCUCUUUGUAGUCCUAUUCAAAUAACAGUCAAAGAUUCUCCUCCGAGCCCCAGAAUUGAAAUCUCAGGUGAGCUGAAGGAGAAGGAGUCUGUCACUAUAACCUGCUCAGCUUUCACUCCCUGUCCACACUCCCCUCCUAAACUCACCUGGAAUCUCCAACAAGACGCUCACAACAAAAUAGAGGAAAACGCAGAUCGAACCUUCACGACUAAAAUCCAGACGACCAUCACUCUGUCUGACAAGCACGACGGAUACAACAUCACCUGUUCUUCCAACUACUCUGUGAAUGAAGGACAAAAUGCUAAGUCAGCAGAGGAAAAAGUGACUCUCAGUGUUUCAUAUGCUCCCAAAGACACCUCAGCGAGGAUCAGUCCAUCAGGUUCGGUGUCACCAGGUAGCUGGGUGAACCUGACCUGCUCCAGCAGAGCCAAACCUGCUGCCAACUUCACCUGGUACAAGAUCAGCAAAGAUGGACCCAUGAAAGUAUCUGAAGGAGACUUUUACAGCUUCAAUGUGACAGAUGGAGGAGUUUAUCACUGUGUGGCCACAAAUGAUCUUGGUAAUCAGAUGUCAUCAAGGAUCCAUCUGACUAUUAAAGGUGAUGAACAGUUGAAAUUGGUUGACGUCCACAUUAUACUGAAGACUGUGGGAAUUGUGAUACUGGUCAGUACAGUGAUCAUCUUUGAGUGCUGGUUCAGAACAAGACGCUCCACCAAACCAGUGAAGGACACAGUAGAAGCAGACUAUGUCAACACAGUGAUGGAGUUGUCAUCAUGAGCCAUGAGGAGAGGAAGACCACAUGUUCAUCAUCAGUAGAAUUACAUGAUAUCCAGUAUUGUCUAUUCUGUAUUACAUGCUUAUUCAUCAUUUGCAUUUGUUAGUGUUCCACUUACAAGAAGGCUGAUAACUGCUUCCUCCAGGGCAGUAAAUAUGAAAUAGUCUUACUUUGUAUAAGCUUUGAAAGAUGAACAAGAUGAUCCCAGACUUCAUCAGCAUGUGAAGGUGGUUUUGUUUCUGCAGUGCAUUUCUUCUUUUUUCCUCUGAGAGUCAACAUAACAUCUUCAUUACUAAUAUUGGACUGAUUCAUGGCACCAGUAGUUUUUCUUUUGUUUUUAAGAUGUCAAAAACAUAAUUAAACCAUGUUAUUAAUACAAUUAAUUAGUAAUGAAAUGAAAUGACUGUUAAAAUGUGAACUUUCAGAUUUCUUGCCAAGAAGCUUUUCAUGUAGUGUUUAGGAGAAAAGCAUUUUUUAUCACUUAUUCUGUCAUUUGUUUUAGCACAUUUACACAGGUAAAGGUUGAUGAUAGCUGCAGAUGACGGAUUUCUUAAUGUCACAUUUACAGCACAGAAGUCAGCAAAGACACUGUGGUAACUGUGUGCAAAAAAUAUUGUUAUGAUUUCAGCUGAUUAAUUGUGUCAUUAUUGUAAUUCACAUGAUAUAUUCUAUACCUAUCAAUAAUAAAGAAGAUUAAGCAUACAGGCGUGCAAUGAGUUCUGUUAAAUGUGUUUUAGAGUGAAUUUGUCAUUUGAAAACUUAAGUUUUUACCAAAUCUGACUUCCUUCCUCACAGGAUAUCAUUUGCAUGUGAA